AUGCUUUCGCAGAAAUGCUUGGGGUUUCUUUAUUUCACUUUCUAUCUGUGGGCAAACGUGUUAUUCAUCCUCCUUCAAGGUAAGUUGCUUUUAUCUUGUGUCUCUCUCCUCACCCCCCAGCCUGCCCUAUAUUUCUCUUUAGACAUUUAUAAUGCUGGUAUUUAAUCCUUUUGAAUCCAGCUCAAAAGAAAAGAUUGUUGUAUGCGUGCUUUUUAUUAUUUGGAAUGCAAGGUAGGUGACCCAAAUACUUGGUUAAAGAGGCAGCUGCGUUUAUGAAUGCAAAAUAUGAGGUUUCUAUAUUCUAUAAUCUAGUUUAAUUGAAGUGGGGGAGAUGUAUCUAUCUGGAAAUAAGUUUGUCUAUUUGUUAUUUAUUGUUACAUUUCUACCUCCAUCUUUUCUUCAACGUGGGGUACACACUCUUUUAUCUUCACAACAACCCUGUGAGGGUUAGGCAGGGAUUCUGUCGCAAAACACCAAACACAAGUGGCUAUUUCAAAAGACAAAGUGGUUUUGUUUUGCGAGGGAUUCUUGGCCUCUGUUUCUUCCACACAGACUGAACAUAGGAAUCUAAUCGUUUGUUCAUUUAGUUCAGUAUUGCCAGCACUGGUUCUCCAGGGUUUCACUCAGGGGACACUGCCGGAAGAUGCUAGAGGUUGAACCCUGACCUUCUACACACAAACCAGAUGUUCUAACCACUAAGCUGCUGCUAGAGAGGUGCAAGCCUAUGCAUACCUCCUUGAGAGUAAACCCUAUUAAACUCAGCAGAACUUACCUUUGAGCAAGGCUGCGUAGCAUCUGGCUGCAAAUGGCACUUUGUGGAUCGGGGCCACCUGGCAAGAGAAAGGGAAGGACAAGGACCAAGAAAAAAACCAGACGGAUUCUCAUACCAAAGUGCGACAGUUUCUUCGCAAACUGUUGUCGAGUCAUGCUUGCCAAAACAUGCAAGGCCCUCUUUUUGAGGCUGAAUUUAAGACGAAGAUCAAUGCCGUUCUCACAGUUAGGGCGGCCUGAUCUUGCUUCUCUGCCUUUAACAAAAACAGCGCUGUGCACAAAAAUUAACCUGGCGAACCUGGCAAUGAAAUGGGUAAUGGAAAAGACUUUGCCUGCUUAAUUUGAUCAAGUCAGGCUGCUGUUGAAAACUUAGGAGCAAGACUGGUUUUUUUUAAAGCGACACUGAAAUGUCAGCAAACCCACUUAUAGCUCAUGCUUGUUAGCCAGCAAUUCCCAAACUUUUUCUCUUUUUUUGCUACAGAGGCUGAGACUCAAGAAGUUGAGUUGUCAGCUUUGGGCCCACCCUCUCAAAAAAAUGUUAUAUACCUUUAAGAGCAGCUUCUUCUCCAGACUAUACAGUCAUACCUCGGGUUACGAACGCUGCGGGUUGCGGGUUUUCGGGUUGCGGACUGUGCCGAACCCAGAAGUACCAGAACGGGUUACUUCUGGGUUUCGGCACUCGCGCAUGCACAGAAGCACAAGAUUACAUCACGCGCAUGCGCAGAAGCGCCAACUCACAUCACGCACAUGUGCAGAAGCACCGACUCACAUCACGCGCAUGUGCAGAAACACCGACUCACGUCACGCGCAUGUGCAGACGCAGCGCUUCAGGCUGCAAAUGCUGUGGGUUGCAAACGUGCCUCCCGCACGGAUCACGUUCGCAACCCGAAGUAUGACUGUACUUACCAAUUGACCCCCAAAAUGUCUGGCCUGCUCCUGUGUCUUCCAAAGUACCAUAAUGUACAGAAACCAGCAGGUGAAACUUUUCUCAGCAUGGAGAUAGGCAUUAACCCUUUUCACAUAUGGUAUUAACAUGCUGAGGGGCAGUGAGGCAGCAUUAUAUGGGCACCUAACUUCAAUGCAUACAGUUAUAGGUGAGGAAGCACUUUCAGACCUUCUAAGGACUUACACAGAGGCCAGAUACAAGCAUCCUUACUCUCCCUCUCCAUGCAUUCAUAUAAUGUCUGAAUAAAGUUACAGUCUCACUUGCUAAUAUGAUGAUAGCUACCUUUGGGGGGGGGGUUUCCUAAAUGGAAAGGUGGGGUGGGUGUUUCCCAAAUAAAUAAUGUUACAAAAGUUGGGUGCCUCCCCCUCUCUCUCUGCCAAGCGGUGGCAAGAGCCCAUGAGGUUCCAGGCCCAGGAUCUGUGGUCCUUUGGAAAACUGAAACAUGACGGAGACUGCCGUAGCUUUAAGAAAUAUGGUUUAUUCGCCAAUUUGCACCUUCAGUCUGCAUGGAGGGAAUCCGGAUCGUACAGCAUGGUCAUUUCAAGAGGGGCUUGUGGCCUUCAGCCAGCCUGCCCAAGAUGGAUCCCAGUCCUUCUUCCUUCUUCUUCUUCCCAACAACUCUUGCUCAAGACUCUCUUUUGCUGUCACCUCACACCCAGUUACCUUGGCAACCUUCCAAACCCCCAGUCUGUGCUCACACUUCAUGGCAAAGGGGAAGGGCAGUUCUCUUGCAUUGCCAAUGGCUCUCAAUAGCCCUGUAUUGUUCCUUAAUGGCCCUAGCUUGGCCAAGUCAUUUUGCACAGGCUAGCCCAGUAAUUCCUCUGCAGCCUGUAUUUCUCCCUUCACAUCCCAAACGGUCAAUAAAUAAUAUUCCUGAUAAAAGCACAGGAGCCAGUACCAGUAGAGCAGUUGGCUCUCCCAUUUGCAAGUGAAGGAGGUGCUCCUUCAGUUACACAGGCCUUGAGGCAUGUAGGGCUUUUAGGAUAAGGCUGGAUCGAUGUGCGCUCCCAGACUGACACCAAUCCAUGAGAAGGAGUGCAAACCUAUCCAGGACAGGUUGCCCACCAUCUCUCCAAACAAACGAAACCACCCAACAUACAACAUCAUCGGAUGAUACCACUUUUGAGCAAUCCAUAGGCAUGUGUGAACCCCAGGCAGUGCCGGAUUUACGUAUAAGCUAAACAAGCUAUAGCUUAGGGCCCCACUCUCUUGGGAGCCCCCAAAAAACUUAAAGGGAAAAAACUGGAUGUACAUUCCCAAAAUAUAAGAUAAAAAAUAAAUAAAAUAAAACCUACAAACAGCAACAGUGUUUUGUGUUGUGUAGGCUCCUAUGAUGUAAGUAAUGGGCCCCGCCUGCUAGCCUCCUCCCUAAAAUAUCACUGGUUUGCUCAUUUCUAUAUCAAUUACACAUUUUGUUAUGUGCAAAUGGCUUUAGAUACCUAUUACGUCCAUAAAUUACUAUAUAGCAUAUAUUCAACACAAAAACAGCAACAAUUUGUUGUUGGCAAAGGACAGCUGGACAUAUAAAGGGCCCCAUUACCUUCAGUAGCUUAGGUCCAGUGGCCAACUCUGGGGUUGCGGCGCUCAUCUCGCUUUGUUGGCCGAGGGAGCCGGCGUACAGCUUCCAGGUCAUGUGGCCAGCAUGACUAAGCCGCUUUUGGUGAACCAGAGCAGUGCAUGGAAACGCCGUUUACCUUCCUGCCAGAGUGGUACCUAUCUAUCUACUUACACUUUGACAUGCUUUCGAACUGCUAGGUUGGCAGGAGCAGGGACCGAGCAACGGGAGCUCACCCCGUUGCGGGGAUUCAAACCGCCGACCUUCUGAUCAGCAAUCCCUAGGCUCUGUGGUUUAACCCACAGUGCCACCCGUAUCCCACAAUAGCUUAGGGCCUCAUCAAACCUAAAUCCGGCCCUGGCCCCAGGCCACAGUUUAGCCAACCACGCCCAUUGUGUUGCCAGUGUUAUUGAUCGUGAUACUGUCACACGUAUGGAUCCUUGGCCAGCCCUGUUGCAUCCAGUUGUGUUUGUGUGAGAGAGACAGGUGCUCGCCAGGACCAAAUCUCUCUGCUGCAGAAUAAUUUGGUGGCUUAUCAGGCAUUAAUUCAGCAUGCAGCAGUUGGUAUUGUGAUGUGAUUAAAACCUUUAAAAGGUAUGAAUGAAUAUUCAAAUGUCUGGAGGCUUAUCUUUUAUUAUUAUUAUUCCACUUUCUUGCCCUGUGUUCAGUGACUUCUUCCUUCUGCUAUUUCCUUUUCUUCCCUAGAUGGCUUGGCAUGCAAAUCUGAAGAAAGGCUCUUUCACAAACUCUUCUCCCGUUACAACCAGUACAUCAGACCUGUGGAAAACGUGUCAGAUCCAGUUACAGUGUAUUUUGAAGUGGCAAUUACACAGCUUGCAAAUGUGGUAAGGCUAAAUGCGCAGUGCCAGCCAGAUAUUUAGGUGCUGUGAAAUCCAAACCUCCUGGUCAUAGAAGACUCACCCUUACCCAGGGGCUCCAGCACAUACGGUAGAUGAAAACCCUGGAUGUGUAGUGCUCAGUGUGCUUGAGAAUUUUCUCCAUUCCCAUCUUUGUGGUUCACGAAGUGCUCCAUGUGUGCAAUGGAUCAGUUGAAUUUUUCAACUUUCAAAAAUGAGGGGUGCUAAAAAGUUGUAGCAUGAUUUGGGAAUUCCAAAUAUAUUUUGUUUAAAUUAAUAUAGCUUAGUAAUAGAUUUAUUUUUUCAUUUAUACCCCGCCCAUCUGGCUAGGUUUCCCCAGCCACUCUAGGUGGCUUAGUUUUGCUUGGUGUGUGUAGAAUUGCAUAGAAAUCAUUAAAAUCAUCCUGGAGAGAAGGAGGAGGGCCAGGAGACAGAAGUGAGGCCGGCUGCUGAGUCCUGAGAAUCUCCCCCUCCCGCUGUGGUCAGUUCCCCUCCCACCUCCUGGUCUCCCAGAACACACAAGGGAAACAAAAAGAGGAAAGGUUGCCAUACAUCCAGAUUUUCCCAGACAUACCCAGAAUACCGCAGUCGGAAGCAGUGUCCGAGUGGAAAUCGGGAAAAUGUCCGGGAAAAUCUGGACGUAUGUCAACCCAUGUUGGCAGUUUUGUUUUUGCUGAUUUUCCUUAAAAAUAGCUCAAAAACGUGAUUAUUUAUUUAUUUAUUUGUUUAUUUGCAAUUUUGCCAAAAAGGCUCAACAACUUUUGUGUAUUGAUUUUCACUUUUUGAAAUAAAGUGGUACUUCGGGUUAAGUACUUAAUUCGUUCCGGAGGUCCGUUCUUAAACUGAAACUGUUCUUAACCUGAAGCACCACUUUAGCUAAUGGGGCCUCCUGCUGCCGCCGCUCUGCCGCUGCUCGAUUUUUGUUCUCAUCCUGAAGCAAAGUUCUUAACCCGAGGUACUAUUUCUGGGUUAGCGGAGUCUGUAACCUGAAGCGUAUGUAACCCGAGGUACCACUGUAUGGCAAGCCUAAAAGAGCAGAGGAGAGAUUGGUUGCAUGCAUAUGCAGUCUAUGACUGCUGGGGGGACAGACCCUGAAGAGGCAGCUGUGAGAAGGCAGGGACCUUCAGUCCUCGCAAUUGCCUCAUUGUGGGCAAGACCUACUUGGAAGAGUUGAUGGAAUCAGUAGGCCUGCACUGCCUUUGUUUUCUUUGAAUAGUUAACUUCAGUGACACCACCUUUUUUAUCGCUGACCUACAUCUGACUCAGGAUCUUGACAGAUAUAGAAAAGGAGGAGGUUAUCAUACAUGUUAAGAGCAUAACAACUGCCUUGCUGGAUCAAUCCAAAAGUCUGCCUAGUCCUGCAUCCUGCAUCCAACUAGCCAGAUACCAUUGCCAGUUCCCAAGCGUGACCUGAAGGCAACAGACAAACUUUGUGGGUACCCAGAGUUUAGAGAUACAUUGCCUCUGAAAAUGGCAUGGCUAAUGGUGGUGUAGUGGUUAAGAGCGGUGGUGGACUCGUAAUCUGGUGAACUGGGUUCGCGUCUCCGCUCCUCCACAUGCAGCUGCUGGGUGACCUUGGGCUAGUCACACUUCUCUGAAGUCUCUCAGCCUCACUCACCUCACAGAGUGUUUGUUGUGGGGGAGAAGGGAAAGGAGAAUGAUAGCCACUUUGAGACUCCUUAAGGGGAGUGAAAGGUGGGAUAUCAAGUCCAAACUCUUCUUCUUCUUCUUCUUCUUCUUCUUCUUCUUCUUCUUCUUCUUCUUCUUCUUGAUAAUAGACCUACCCUCCACAAAUGUGUCUAACAUCUCCUGGGCUAUUGGUCUGCCUGGAGUCAGGAGGGCCCAUAGAAGCCUCUGAGAUUGCCUCCCAUACCCCGUCUGCACCCUAAGGGACUGUGUGAAGCAGCCCCAUGACACAACUGUAGGAGUAAAUCAUUUGCCCUCUUCUGUCUCUAGGAUGAAGUCAAUCAGAUUAUGGAAACCAAUCUAUGGCUACGACAUGUAAGUGGAUAUUUGUGUGCUAGGGUGUAUUUCACAAUAGUGCUGGGCUUCAAAGUUAUGGUUGGGAUGGCUCCAAAACAGUUCCUGGGGUGAGGAAGCAGGAAUCUGUUGUGAGGGGGGAUCUUGCUGUCACAACAUCCAUAGUAUAACCACUCAUGGAUUACUGUGGUGUUUAUUAUUAUCACUAUUAUUUUGGAUUAUUACCCGUCCUACACCCAAGGGUCCCAGGAUGAGUUACAAAAAUUUGAAAUACAGUCUGUGAGCCACCCUGAGUUCUUAUGAUGAAGGGAGGUAUAUUAAUAAUAAAUUAUUAUUAUUAUUAUUAAGUUUAACUGAUUGUAUUAUGUAUGGUAUAUCCUUGUUGUAUACUGCUUAGAUGCUAUAGUAUAAAGUGGUAUAUAAAUUAUUAAAAUAUAAUAAAACUAAAUAAAAAUAUAUAAACUUAUUCUAUUAUAUCUUCAUAACAAUAAUAAUAUAAUUUCCCGAGCCACUUUGGGUGGCUCCCAACAGAAUAUUAAAAACACGAUAAAACUUCAAACAUUAAAAACUUCUCUAAACAGGGUUGCCUUCAGAUGUCUUCUAAAAGUCAGAUAGUUGUUUAUUUCCUUGACAUCUGAUGGGUGCACGUUCCACAGGGUGGGCGCCACUGCCGAGAAGGCCCUCUGCCUGGUUGUCUAACACUGUUGUCUAAGGCAACACAGUGAUAUUCAUGUUCAAGUGGUGUUUGAGCAGAAGAACAUAAGAAGAGCUUGUUGGAUCAGGCCACUGUCUCAUCAAGUCCAGCAUCUUGUUCUCAUGGUGGCCAACCAGAUGCCUGUGGGGACACCAAAAGCAGGACCUAAGUGCAGCAGCACUUGGCCCACCUGUGAUUCCCAGCAAAUGGCAUUCAGAGACAGUGGAAGUAGAACAUAGCCAGCAUGCCCAAAAUCCAAUCUCAAACAUAGCCAGCAUGCCCAAAACCCAAUCUCAAACAUAGCCAGCAUUCCCAAAAUCCAAUCUUGCUAAACAGAGGCUUUGGGUGAAGGAAGGAAUAUCUACAAAAGCCCUGAAAAUCAAGCUGCAGUUGCAGGGUGAAUUUUCUAGGAUCCAAAAACUAGUUUUUUCUCUCUUUUAGAUUUGGAACGACUACAAACUGCGGUGGAAUCCAAUGGAAUACGAAGGGAUUGAGUUUAUCCGUGUGCCAGCGGAUAAAAUAUGGAAACCUGAUAUUGUGUUAUACAACAAGUAUGAACUCUAGUUCCUCAUCAUUUUACAGCUUUUUUUAAAAAAAAAUCAAAACAAAUCCAUAUCCUUCUGUAUUAAUAUUGCAUGGUAGAACUUAAGGCUGCCUUGUGUUUGCAUUUCCAGUGCCGUUGGAGAUUUCAUGGUCGAAGGGCGGACCAAAGCUCUUCUCAAAUAUGAUGGUACCAUCACAUGGACACCACCUGCCAUCUUUAAAAGCUCCUGCCCCAUGGAUAUUACCUUCUUCCCCUUCGAUCACCAAAACUGCUCCCUGAAAUUUGGGUCGUGGACUUACGACAAAGCUAAAAUUGACCUUCUAAUUAUUGGCUCCAAAGUGGAUAUGAAUGACCUUUGGGAGAAUAAUGAAUGGGAAAUAGUUGAUGCUUCUGGCUAUAAACACGAUAUCAAGUACAACUGCUGUGAGGAGAUCUACACCGACAUCACCUACUCGUUUUAUAUCCGAAGGCUGCCCAUGUUCUACACCAUUAAUCUGAUCAUCCCCUGCCUAUUCAUUUCAUUCCUGACUGUACUGGUUUUCUACCUUCCAUCGGACUGUGGAGAGAAAGUGACCCUUUGCAUCUCUGUUCUACUUUCUUUGACAGUGUUCCUGUUGGUAAUCACAGAGACAAUCCCCUCUACCUCUCUGGUAAUCCCUCUGGUAGGAGAAUACCUGCUGUUCACCAUGAUAUUCGUGACUCUCUCUAUCGUCGUCACGGUCUUUGUACUGAACAUCCACUACAGGACUCCGAUGACUCACACAAUGCCCAAGUGGGUGAAAACCGUUUUCCUCCGUCUCCUGCCCAAAGUCCUGAUGAUGAAGAGACCCGUCCAGAAACACAUCGAAGCCCAGCCUAAGAAAACCAAGAAAAAUGGUGCCGCUAAAUCCAGCAAGCCAAAGGCCGAUGACCCAGGGGAAGCCAAAGUCUACAGCGAGCACAGAUGCUGCCACUGUGACAAACCCAGCGAACCGUCCACGGGUAAGAAAAGGAGACCAAGCCACCAGUCGGCUAAAUGGGGGGCUGAGCAAGCAGAAUACUCCCCUGAGGUCAAAGAAGUAAUUAGCAGUGUCCAGUUCAUCGCAGAAAACAUGAGGAGUCAGAAUGAGACCAAAGAGGUAAGCAUUCUGGUGUCUUGAGAAUGAAUUUGUAUCUGAGAACCAGCAGCUGAGUUAUUGAGGUAGGCCUUCCCCAACACGGUACCCUCCAGCUGUUGCUAUAACUUCCAUCAUGCUUGACCAUCAGCCGGGGUGGCUGUGUUUGAUGGGAGUUAUAGUCCAACAACAGCUGGAUGGCACCUGGUAUUGGUCCUCAAAAGUCCUCAGUAUACCUGAAGGAGUGUCUCCAUCCCCAUCGUUCAGCCUGGACAUUGAGGUCCAGCUCUGAGGGCCUUCUGGUGGUUCCCUCACUGCAACAAGUGAGGUCACAGGGAACCAGUCAGAGGGCCUUCUCAGUAGAGGCGCCCACCCUGUGGAACGCCCUCCCAUCAGAUGUCAAGGAAAUAAACAACUAUCUGACUUUUUGAGGUCAUCUGAAGGCAGCCCUAUUUAGGGAAGUUUUUAAUGUUUGAUGUUUUAAUGUGUUUUUAAUAUUCUAUUGGGAGCCACCCAGAUGGGUGGGGUAUAAAUAAAUUAUUAUUGUUAUCAUCAUCAUCAUCAAUAAAUUUGGUGCAUAACACAAGCAAUGGCAGAAGGCUCAAGACCUUGGUUGAUGCCAGCCCUGGUGCCAUGUAAGUUCUCAGGGCGUCAGUAAGGAAAAUGGUGAAGGCCUUUUUCCAGAACAAACAGUGACACUCCCUGAAAUGAAAUGCAGCUCCUUCUGAACUCUAGUGUAGCUCUGUAGAACUCCAGAAGAGAGGGGAAGCAUUGCUAAAUGGGUACAUGCCCAGUGUCACACUGGCGAGCAGGCACCGACGUCAGCAGAAAGGGUAGUUCCUCAGCAGAAUGCGGUUUGAGGGGUGCUGUCUCUGGGGAUUCUCGAUCAGGGGCCCCUGGUCCAAGGGCCCCUGACUGACAGACUCUGGCUGGGCACUGGGGCCUAGUCCUGAAUUUAGAGCACCUCCACAGUUUGCACCAGUGGUGUUCCUGAUCCAGGUGAUGCUUAGGAACAUGGGAAGCUGGCUAAUGCCUGUUAGCAGAGGCACUUAAAUAAAGCUGAUGGAGGCUGUGUACACACACACACACACACACAGAGAGAGAGAGAGAGAGAGAGAGAGAGAGAGAGAGAGAAGCCUGGGAACAAUACCAUCAGGCCAUUGGUCCGUCUAGGUGAAUAUUAUCUAUGUUGACUGGUAGCAGUUCUCCAAGGGUUCUGAUAUGAGUCUUUUCCCAGACCUACCUCAUAACCUCCAACAUUUCUCUUAUGAAAAUAGGGACGUCCGAUUCCAUUAUUAUUAUUAUUAUUAUUAUUAAUACCCCACCCAUCUGACCGGGUUGCCCCAGGCACUCUGGGCGGCUUCCAACAUACAUAAAGACAUAAUAAAACAUUAAACAUUACAAAAAACAUCCCUAUACAGGGGUGCCUUCAGAUGUCUUCUAAAGGUUGUAUAGUUACUUAUGUCCUUGGCUUGGGACUCGCAUAACUCCAUACCCUCCAACUUUUCUCCAAUGAAAAUAGGGACGUCCCAAAGGAAAGCGGGACAUUCCAGGAUCAAAUCAGAAACCAGGAUAGCUUCUGUAAAUCUGGGACUGUCCCUGGAAAAUAAGGACACUUGGAGGGUGUGCUACCUGUUCAUGCUUCGAGUUGACCCUGGGACCUUGUGUAGGUCAAGCAGACGUGCUGUGACUGAACUACAGCCCUUCCCCUUCUUCCUCAGAGUCCUGGCUGUCACUGAUUUCCAGGCUCAUGUCAUAACAGUAGUCUUCCAGUGUCUAAGAACUGCCGCCGCCAUUUAUUUUACCUCAGAGCCCUUGCUAUAAUAUGAAGGUGCUUCCAUCUCCCACCUUCCCCAGAUCCCAUCUGUCUUGUGUACUUAGGCUAGAAGCAUUUUGGCAUUUGGCGUCUUUCUGAGAACGUGGAUGUUAAUCUCAGUAGGAUCCUUGAACAGCUGUUGUAAUGUAAAUAAUGUAAUUGCUAUGGGAGCUGUUGAGGGAAGAAAGCUCCCUACGGUUUCAACAGAAACGAAGACUGCACCUCAGGGAACAAGCCUGUGAUUUUAUGUGGGCAGCACUGCAAUAGUUAUCCAUACCAGGAAAGCUUUUCCAUUUUAGAAAGGAAAAAGCAUCUAAUACAAGUGCGAACAUGUUCCCUUUUCCUUCAGCCUUCACCCCUGGGCUCUCUGGUCCUCAGGGCUCUUGUGAUUUCCCUAACACAGGCCCCCCUCUUCCCACUGAAAUAAGGCUUGAAGAAGCAUUCUGUUAGUGCCAAUAGACUAGGCUGUGUUGUGUGCUUGAUUGCAGCAUGUGUGUUGUACACACAAUAGUCUCUCUCUGGUUUUGCAAAUGGGCCACAGGCCCAGAAAGGUUGGCAACCCCUGUUGUACUGUAUUGAAGAGGGAUCUGUUGAAGAGAGAGGGGGGGGAAUAUCCUGGGAACAAUACCAAGUCAGGCCAUUGGUCCAUCUAGGACUAGGUCAUGGGUAGGCAAACUAAGGCCUGGGGGCCAGAUCCAGCCCAAUCGCCUUCUAAAACUGGCCCGUGGACAGUAUGGGAAUCAGCGUGUUUUUUUAAGAGUAGAAUGUGUCCUUUUAUUUAAAAUGCAUCUCUGGGUUAUUUGUGGGGCAUAGGAAAUUGUUUCAUUAUUUUUCCCCCCAAAAUAUAGUCCGGCCCCCCACAAGGUCUGAUGGACAGUGGACCGGCCCCCUGCUGAAAAAGUUUGCUGACCCCUGUCUAGGUCAAUAUUAUCUAUGUUGACUGGCAGCAGUUCUCCAAGGGUUCAAAUAUGAGUCUUUUCCCAGACCUGCCUCAUAACCUCCCAUAUUUCUCUGAUGAAAAUAGGGAUGUCCUAUUCCAUCAUCAUCAUCAUCAUCAUCAUUUUAUUAUUUAUAUCCCACCCAUCUGACCAGGUUGCCCCAGACACUCUGCAUCUGUCCCUCUGCCUCUUCCCUGUUCCAUAUGGGCAUAACUAUUAACAAAUUAUUAAAUAGUCUUAUUAAAUAGUUGCAUGACUCUCCGUUGGCCCACCUACUCCUCCUGCACCGCUCUUCCAGCGCUAGCAGAAGAGGCACUGUCCACUGACUGCAUUUGGCAAGCUUGCAACGUUUUGCCCCAGUAUGUAGUUACCUGCAUACUGGGAUAAUGCCACUUUGCCAGGCUUGAAGUGGAAAAAAACAGUGCCUUUUUGACAUCAGCAACCAUUGUACCAAUCUCCAGCUUCAUCUCAUACCUAUUUGUAUAUCUAGCAAUCCACAAACCCAAUACUAAUGACAGGGAGGAAAGACUGUAGUGUUUAGCAGGUCUAGAAGAAGUGCCCAUUUCAGGUUCUGGGGUCCUUGGGCAAAGUGUCCUCAAUAAAUUCCCUCCUUGGGAGCUCUCCACUUCCUUGGCACACUUUCCACUGCCCUGUCACUUGCCUCUCCCUCUAGGACCAGUUUGUACCACUUUCCAGAGGGAAAGGAAAAAGCUUGCAGUGGCUCCUUCUCCUCCUCCUCUAUCCUCUCACUGCUUGUUCACUUUGAGCGGGCAGGUGAACAAGCAGAAGCAGCAAGAAGGUGGAGUAGCAGGGCUAGGAAGCUCUGGGAUUAAGCAGUCAACCCACUGCCAGGAAUGGGUUUCAGCAGGUCUCUGGCAUUGCCAAUCCCUAUACACUGGCCAUCCUGGAAGCAAAGGAUCAGGUGUGAAGAUGGGCAGCUAGUGAUAAGCAGCAACCAGCAAAACUCCUUCUUAUCAUUGGGUGGGCAUUUUGCUGCUAGUUUUGUGGGGCCAUCUCUGUAAGUAAACAAACGGGAGCAACAGCUUUUAAAAAUGGGACUCAGCAAUUAUGCUAAUAGGUUUGCGUAUUUAAAUGGAUAAAUAUUUCAUGCUAAGCAGGGUAUCAUUUUCUUUGGCAUGAAGACACUGAAUAUGCACUUAGAAGUUCUACAGAAAUGGAGGCCCUCAUCCCAGGGUGGUGGUCAAUCAAUGUAGCCCUAUUGAAUUCUGUAGAGCUGUGCUGAUGCAAGGGAACAAAGGAGCUGUCUUGAAAGGGAGCCAAAAGACAAACAUAGGGUUGAACUGGAGCUUUGGGGCCAAGCCUGGAUUAACCAUUAUGCUAAGUAAGCUACAGCGUAGGGUCCCAGCCAGUUUGGGGUCUUUGCCUGUAGUGGAAUUACUGGAAAGCUUCCUAAUGCAGGGAGAGGAUGGCCAUCUUCCAUCUUGCUCUUUCCACUGAGCUCUUUGAAGAGUGCACUGUAAUAAAAAGGGAACAGUAGCUGUACUUCCUGGAAGAGGGAAAUUGACAUUGCUGGUAGCCCUGGGAACAAGAUAACAGGCAGACAUUUUAUGAGCAAAUGGAGGCCUCGGUCCCAAACAUAGACCUUUGAGUGAUUUCAUCUGUAUUCCCAGUUGUCAUUACCAAAUAUGAGUGUGGGUCUUAGUGGACUUAGCAGGAAGCAUUAAAACAUCUCACUCAGUUGUCACUCUGAUGCCACAAUAAAUUAAUUAGUCUUGAAGGUCCUGGGGGACUGGUUUUGUGUGCAUUUAGCAUUCUUCAUCCAAGUGGCUCUCCAGUAUAACUAGUGGCAAUCAGGUUUAAAGAGAAUGUCAUUUAUGUAUAAGUCCAGGGCUCCAAAACAUGGUUCACAAUCCUCUAAUACACCCUUUGCCAAUGUGGUGCUCUCCAUAUGUUUUGGGGUUACUUGUUCCCAUCAGCCACAGCUGUGUCGGCUGGGGCCGAGGAAAGUUGUAGUCCAAAACAUCUGGAAGGCACCAGGUUGGGGAAGGCUUCCUGAAAAGGACAUUGCUGUUCAGCUUUGUUUGGACCUCUAAAUCAUGCACACUUUCUCUCUGCUGGUCUAAAACAGCUGAAGAUGGAAGAUGUCUGAUGCUUGCCUUAAAGAAAGUUUCCUAAUACAAUUAUUCCAAAAUGGGCAUAGCAUUGGUCCUGAAGUCAGCAGGGUUUCAGCUAAGCUUCUUGAAUUCAGUGAUACUAGGACAUGUCAGCGCUUCACAAUGCUCCAGUUUCAUGUGCAUCUUCAUAAGACAAAAGCUGGAAAAUGUCACAAUUGAAUGGGCAAAACAGUUCUUUCAGCGGAACCUCAAGCUGAUAAUGUUUUAUUACCUGGGAAAAGUUGAAUUGUGUCUAAACCUGGCACAUUAAAUAUGAUAUGUCUUCUUGUGUGUUUACAGGUGGAAGAUGACUGGAAAUACGUUGCCAUGGUAAUUGACAGAGUGUUCCUGUGGGUGUUCAUAAUUCUCUGUGUAUUUGGGACUGCAGGAUUAUUCCUACAGCCCCUGAUAGCAGACACAUAA